ACUUGUUCGAUAAGUACAGGAGCCAUGCCAGAAAAAAGCGCAGCGCCUCGGUAGUUGGAAACUACAGUAAUAACCGAUGGGGAGGAGAGCUGUCCGUAUCCAGCGUACAUACUAAUUAAUGUUACUCUAGAAAAGGAAGCGAUUUGUUUUACUGUGCGAGGCAUUUUCCAUACAACCAGCGGUACUCAAAACGUCAAAAAAAAAAAAAACAAUAAUAAUAAUAACUGAAGCAAGAGGCAGGACUUAAACAAGAAGCUCAGGAGAGCGUAAGAAUGGUGCCCACCCUCCGGUGUCCUGCGCGAUCAGAGCUUGUAUCUGCCCCCUGUUUGGUGUGCCCCCUGCACCGCUGAAUUGUGGAAGCUCUGCGUGCCGGACGCGUGGCUUCUUUUGUGUACAAUAGCUGCUCAUAAAUGCAUGAGCAAACAUUUCGGCUUGGCACAAAUGUAAUAAGAGCCCUCGGGGGGAAAAAGCUCGAGCGCUGUCCUACCUGUACUUGAUUUUCCAAACUGCACACUACAACUACUGCGACGACUACAAGAGGAUUAUCAAAACUACAGGCUACAGUUCACCCCUUUCCCCAUCCUUCCCUGCUACUUUUUUCUGCAGAUAAAACUAGCUGAUUUUAAACUUAUUUUUUAUUUUUACUCUUUCUCAGUACAAACUCGGUUUAGCAAAUAAGCCGGAGGGGAAACCGCGAGAAGGUUACGCUGAGCUCUGUAAAUCAUAGUGCUGCAGUGUUUUCCCGAAACAUGGAUGUAAGGUUUUAUCCCUCUCCUAAUGGGAAUUCUGUUCCUGGAGACCCAUCCAACCUGGAUUUUUCCCAUUGCCUGGGUUACUACAACUACAACAAGUUUGGGAACAAUAACGGCUACAUGCACAUGGCAGAGGCGAACGGCGUGCUCCUAGCAGCUGGUGAUCAAACCUUUCACACGCCCAGCCUAGGCGAUGAGGAGUUUGAGAUCCCACCCAUCACCCCCCCUCCUGAGACGGAGCCGGUCUUCGGUGCAUCCGAGGGGGACAUGACCUUCCCAGGCACGCUGGACGCCCCCCACUCGCAGGGAGGGCAGUUCACCCCGCAGUUCCCCCCUCAGAGUUUGGAACUGCCCUACAUCACCAUCUCCCGCAGCCUGAUGGAGCAGGAUGGAACAGUCCACAAUAACGUUCUGCAGGGGAACAUUGGUCAAGCCCAUCUUCGACAGUAUCACCCAGACCCCUCCGUGGUCAUGAGAUCUAUCAUCAACAUGAGUAACUCCUCAGCCAUGAUGUCACAAAACCACCUGACCACUGUCAGCCAAUCUCAGCUCAGUGCGCCGCUGGGCUUAAACAUGAGGGGACCAAACGUUCCUCAUACCUCACCAUCACCUCCUGCCAGCAAGUCUGCCACCCCUUCUCCUUCCAGCUCAAUCAAUGAUGAGGACCCUGAAGAUACCAACAGGGUAACUGGCGAAAAGCGGCCUGCUCCUGAUGCAGCGAAGAAGCCCAAGACCCCCAAGAAAAAGAAGAAGAAGGACCCCAACGAGCCGCAGAAGCCGGUCUCUGCCUACGCCUUGUUCUUCCGAGACACGCAAGCAGCCAUCAAGGGCCAGAACCCCAAUGCCACAUUCGGCGAGGUUUCCAAAAUAGUGGCGUCCAUGUGGGAUGGUCUGGGAGAAGAGCAGAAGCAGGUCUAUAAAAGCAAAACGGAAGCUGCCAAAAAGGACUACUUAAAAGCACUCGCCGCCUACCGAGCCAGUCUGGUGUCAAAGGCCGCAGCCGAGUCCGCCGAAGCUCAGACCAUUCGCACGGUCCAGCAGACGCUGGCCUCCACGAACCUCUCGGCGUCUCUGAUGCUCGGCGCCCCUCUGGCUCAGCACCCCGCCGUGUCUGCAGCUGCGCAGGCCCUGCAGCAGGCCCUGCCGCGUGCCAUCGCCCCCAAGCCGCUGCACUUGGGGCUCGCAGGUAGCCAGAUCACGGCCUCUGUGCCAGCGGGACCCCAGGGCGUUGCCUCCGCUACGCCCUCGCAGCUGCUGGGCCAGAUGGGUGCCGGCGGAGCCCUGGUGUCUGGAGCGCAAUCCGUGGCGGUGGGCGGGCAGAUGAGCUCGGCUGUGCAGUCGGCCCACAUGCGGCACCAGCAGCUUCACCACCAGCCGGUGCACCAGCAGCAGCCCUUCCAGCACCAGCUGCAGCACCAUCUCCAGCAGCAGUUGCAGCAGCAACAGCACAUGCAACAGCACAUGCAUCUGCAACACAUCCACAUGCAGCAGCUGCACCAGCAGCAAAUGCAGCAGCUCCAGCAGCAGCAACAGCAGCACCAGUCUCAGUGUUCCCCCCCGCAACGGUCGCCCAGCGCGCCCCAGUCUGUGGGCAGCCCCCAACCCACUCUGCCUCAGCAGCCCCUGUCCCAGAUCCAGGCCCACACGCAGGUCCUGUCCCAGGUCAGCAUCUACUAAGCCAAAACCCCAGCUCUCGGAUAAGAGGAACCUGAUAUAUGCAGCAUUGCUGGCUGCUUUCUCCUCAGUUGCACUUAAGAAGUGUGUAAGGACUUGUGCAUUUUACAGUGAACUGUAUCCUCCUCACAUGGGCAGACAUACGGACGCGACUCUAUCAUAGGGUGAGCUAGUGAGCACUCUUUCUGCAGCUCAGCGUUUAGACCGUUCUGUUACCACAUUUCUGAACCACCUCGAGACAUACAAGGAGGAACCCAGUGCCCCCGCAACAACAAAAAAACACACCCUGCUCCCAUUUAACGCCGAAGCUUUAUUUAUAGGGAUGGAUUAUUGCAGGCUCACGUCUCCCAUUGGACAAAGCUGAAUUAGCUUAACCAGCGAUACUCCUGGCAUGGAAUCCUUUGUGGACUGGCCUGAUGGAAACUUAAAAAAACAACAAACAAAGGUGGAAUGACUGUAAUGGGUGACUCAGAUGACUGCUGACUAGUAACGUAAUGCUCAGUGGAAAAUGAACCUGUGACUUGCGCAUCUUUCCAUUUACCCACAUGUUCCUCACUCUCUGCUGUGCUCCUGUUACCCCUGGAAUUUAUGAGAUGCAUUUGAAAGGAAUUCGGCUGGUAUUGUAAAGGAACGGCAGGCCUGAAAGUUUACACUUGCUGAAUACGAGGGGGGGGGG